GGCUGCCAGCUGCCCUCCGAGUGGAGACCGCUGAGCGAGGGCUGCCGCGCGGAGCUGGCCGAGACCAUCGUGUACGCCAAGGUGCUGGCCCUGCACCAGGAGGUGCCCGGCCUCUACAACUACCUGCCCUGGCAGUACGAGGCCAGCGACGCGGGGCUCUUCUACUCGGCCGAGAUCGAGAUGCUGUGCGACCAGGCGUGGGGCAGCAUGCUCGAGGUGCCGGCGGGCUCCAGGCUCAACCUCACCGGCUUGGGCUACUUCUCCUGUCACUCCCACACCGUGGUCCAGGAUUACUCCUAUUUCUUCUUCCUCAGGAUGGAUGAAAAUUAUAACCUCUUGCCUCAUGGAGUCAAUUUCCAAGAUGCCAUCUUUCCUGACACUCAAGAAAACAGAAGGAUGUUUUCCAGCCUUUUCCAGUUUUCCAACUGUUCCCAAGGGCAGCAGCUGGUGACUUUCUCCAGUGACUGGGAGAUCCAAGAAGACAAUAGGCUCAUGUGCUCCUCGGUGCAGAAGGCCCUGUUUGAGGAGGAGGACCGCGUCAAGAAGCUGCAGCAGAAGGUGGCCACCCUGGAGAAGCGGAACAGGCAGCUGCGGGAGCGGGUGAAGAAGGUGAAGCGGUCCCUGCGGCAGGCGCGGAAGAACGGCCGCCACCUGGAGCUGCUCAACCACAAGCUCAGCGAGAAGCUGGUGGCCGCAGCGGGCGCGCUUCCACACAUCAACGCCCUGGGGCGGGAGCCCGCGGGGGGCCCCCUACCUGCGGGGCUAGCUGGGCGCCAGCCUCGCGCAGCCAGCGAGCAGAAACGGAGGGCGGGCGUGGCUGAGCACAGAGUAUUUUAUUCUGCAGUUGGUAGACUCUAGUUGGCUCCAGGGCAAGUCUUGCUCGCUCUCCCCAGCCUGGUCCUCCACCCAGUGCUCCAGUACCCCCAGUGCCACGUGCUUGCCUGGGGCCUGCCCCUGGCUUCCAGGAGGAGCCUUGCCAAGUGCACUUAAUAGGGAAAGGACAUUUUAGACUCUCUAGUGGCCCAAGAACUCAAGGGGUUCUGCCUUUGUCUUAGAAGAGCCGCAGUGUGGUCCCAGCUGUGCGCAGCCGGACAACCAUCAGUGUGCAGGAGUGGUCUCAAGCUAGGUCGUGGAACCUUCUAAGGCCGUUAAGACUUACUGAGUUCAUCACAGGUCAGGGAGUGGGGUGGCAGGAAAUUAAACAAGAGUCACACCUGAUUUCCCACACCAGCUACCCAGAGUGUGGAUUCCUAAGGCUCACUUUAAUCUAAAGGAGAUGUGCCUUUAUGGGCCUAGUCAUGUUUCAUCGAACCACGUUCCCAGGUGGGAAAAGCCUGAACAGCAUCUCAGAUAUCUCAACACUAUAAAUUCCACAGGGGAUGCUGCCCAGAGGCACCCCACCACCUCCAAAACUACAGGGCCCCGUCACACCGUCCUCUCUGUUGGAAAUGGCAUUAGUGUCAGAUUUCCAUCCACUGCCUUUUGAAAACCCACAUCCUUUUUGCUCUAGCAGCUCAUCUGGGGCCUGAGCAGCCUGUCCCUGAGUUUUGGUGGCAGGCUGCUGCCUCGGGGAGACAUUUGCACCCCGGACUGCACAGCAUGGGGACUUCUGCUCAGAGGCUCCUCAUGGCCGCACUCCACCAGCACUUUAUUCUUCACAGUGUGGUGCCAUAGAGGGUGCGUUUUCCUGUUUCUUGUCUGGGACAUUUUCAUUCUAGCAGUUUUGCUGUCACCCAAGGGAAGGACAGACCUAAGGGUGAUUUGCAGCCCAUGCUUGGAGAGCUGGGGGAGCGGGAUCUCUACAGAUGCACCACAUUUUGCCUUUUCAAUAAACAUGAGCAAUAUUUCAGCCACAACCAUAAAA